CGCCAUGUAUUUCCGUUUCACCUAUAUUUGUCAUACCUUCAAGGUGUAUCCUGUUCCAAGGGUUACCUGUAAUAUUUUUAUGGUUUUCCGACGAUCAGCAGAGACGUUCGGUCUGUGAAAAAAGUGACAAUAGACUUCAAAAUGCCCCUCUUUGGUAAGAAGAAGGAUAAAACAUUAGUUGAUAACCAACAAUCGACUAGAUCGCCCACAGAAUCAAACGAACAACGCCCAAGCAAUCCACAACCUACUCCACCGGAAUCCAAUGGAACACAGGUGCCCCGGAGCCAGCCGGUGGAUCCCCCGAGACCAAAGUUAGUGUUCCAUUGUCAACAGGCCCAUGGCAGUCCCACAGGGAUCAUCUCCGGGUUCACGAAUGUCAAGGAACUGUACCAGAAAAUAGCCGACGCGUAUGACAUGGACGUUUCUGAUAUUUUAUUUUGUACGCUGAACACACACAAGAUAGACAUGACCAAGUUGCUUGGUGGUCAGAUCGGUCUGGAUGAUUUCAUCUUUGCACACAUAAAGGGACGACCAAAGGAACUGGAUGUGACAAAGUCGGAGGAUGCCCUGGGCUUGACAAUCACAGACAAUGGUGCUGGAUAUGCAUUCAUCAAAAGAAUUAAGGAAAAUAGCAUUAUGGACACAAUGCCUUUAAUUGCUGUAGGAGAUCACAUAGAAAAAAUUGACGGAAAGAACUUAGUAGGGUGUCGUCAUUUCGAGGUGGCAAAAAUGUUAAAAGAUAUACCAAAGGGAAGCACAUUUACCAUCAGAACAGUGGAGCCCUUGAAGUCAGGUUUUUCAAAUAUUGGCCCAUCAACUGGAAAGAAGGGGUCAAGUAAAUAUGGGUCUGGGAAGGAAACACUACGCAUUCGGUCAUCUGGGCCAGCCACUGUGGAAAUUCCUGAUGAGGUGGUAAAUAUUGCUGUGGACAAGAUCAAUGGACUGCUAGAAUCGUUCAUGGGCAUCAACGACUCUGAACUGGCAACAACUAUAUGGGAAAUGGGAAGCAUGUCGGAAAACCCUCACGAUUUUACAACAAAGGUUGACGAAUCAGAGAUUAAAGAUUUUGGAUUUACUGACGACUUUAUAUUUGACCUCUGGGGAGCGAUUAGUGAUGCCAAGCAGGGAAGACUCAACAAGAUGGCCAGUUUUGAGGAACAGUUUUAAUACCUGACUAAGUUACCUGUAGUCAUUAUGUACCGGAGUCAGUGUUGAAAUCACAGAUCCAAUAUUUGGUAUUGUGUAUUGCCAUAUUGUUACUUAAAAGAUCAUUGACGAUGAACGUGCACUUUCCAUUAAUGUUACAUAUGUGAUGUUGAAGAUUUUGUUUUCAAUAUAAGUAGUGUACUGUUAUGUAAAAUCACCCGACAAUGUGUUGCUGAUAUUGUUUUGCAAAAAAAAAAAAAAAAAAAAUUAUCAUUUCAAGGAACACUUUGUUAUAAUCUUUUGGUUAGGUUAUAACACUUUGUUAUAAUCUUUUGGUUAGGUUAUAGCUGUAAGCUUUGGAGAAUGUAACACAAAAAUAGUCACAUUCAAUGGCUAAUUAAAAAUGCCCAGAAUUUUUAUGAGCCAUUAAAUGAAUGUUGCUAUAAAAUCAAACCAAAUUGAUCGCUACAUAGAAAUGUGAUUUUGUAUAAAAGAUACAAAUUGCCAAAUCUGUUAUAAAUGGUCUAACUAUGCCUUUUCAACGAAAUUAUUGCUCAAUUUAAACCUAUCUCUACAAUAUUUUUAUUUAUCUAUGGAGCAUUUAAAACAAUUUGUUCAACAAUGGGUGCUUGUCAAAUCUUCUAGAAAAAUCACUACUUUCAGAAAAGUAAUCGAAUCUGAAUACAUACUGAAAUUUGUUUUGAAAUGAAAGUUUUAUUCGAACAUCAGUGAUGAAAUAUCUUUUUAUAACCAAAGACCUUGAAAUAGAUCAAAAUAUUAGAUAAGUAAUUCAACCCAAACAAAUAUACCUUGUUGAAUAGAAAGGCUUUGUUGGUUUUUGAAUUACCAAAUUUUACUUGAAAUAGAGGUUUUUAUAACACACAUGAAGAAAAAGAAAUUGUUUUGUCUAGAUCUCUAUUUUUGAUUUUCUUUGUAAUGUUAAUAGCUUUAAAGAUCGCUAUACUAAAAAUCUAAUACAUUUUUAACCAUUUCUUUAUUUUUGAUUCUCCAAUUGAGUGUUAAGUGUUGUCAAGGUUCCAUGAAUUCCAGUAGGUCACACUGACCUCGUGUCUCGUACCUUUACCUAACAACGUUUGUGACAUGUGUAAAAUAUUAACAAGUUCCAGGCUUUGGCACAAAGGGGUUUGCAUUGAAUUUUGUUGAUUUUAAUUUCUGCAAGAAAACAAUGUCUCAUUUUCCUACUCAUUUCAAUGCAAAAUUUAAGACUUAGUCUUGAAUCAUGUUCCUUGUGUAUGUCAAUAUUUUAUAGCUAGUUAGUAAAUUAAAUUUUUUAUAUUAAGAAAUUUUAACAUUAGUUUAGUUUGAUAAGAUUGAUGAUAGUCAUUGUCAAUCAUAUAAACCACAACUAAUAAUAUUAUGGACCAGAGUCCUUGUUCCUUUGUGACAAAAGAUGGAGACCCAGAGGUCUGAUUCUGGUAAAGGUUUUAAGGCCAUCAUCAUAAAUCAUUACAAUUAGGCAAGUUAGUAGUUAAACGAUAAAACCAUCAACAGUUGGUGUUGAAUUAAGCUUACUUAGCACCUCAGUGUAACAUAUUUCAACUGUUCAGCAUAAACGUAUGUAUAUUUCACGUUUUCAUUAAGAUUUCAUAAGAACUCAUAUUUAUUAUUUCAUAAUCAUGCUUGAGCGUUUGGAACAAAAUGGCAUAAUUAUUGUUAUAAAAACAGAUUCUUAUAAUAUUCUAAAAAUUAUAACAUUGAACAUUGUUAUUCAAUUGAGUAUCUAUGAUUUAUUUGGAACUUUUAUGAAAAUUUAUGAUGACGACUUUAUUGCUUGGGAGAGCACUCCUGUGUAUAUUGGCUGAGAGUUGGUACAGAUAUGUUGAUGAGGAAGUUUUUAUAUCCUGAAUUCUUCAAAAUUUCUAUCUCUGAUAAAUCUUUUUUAAAAUGCCUUACAGUGAAAUGUUUAUGCAAUUUACACUUGUCUGUUACAAAAUAGUUGUUAAUAUUAUUCUUACUAUAUCGACCCACUUAUAUAGAGCCUUACAUGUUUGUUAAAUAGAGUACUCUAUAUUGUUUUUGGACACAUUUUUAUUACUCUAACUCACUUAAUAUAUUUAUUAUAUGAUGAUGUGUAUGAUGGAUGCCAUAAUUGGAUAUCAUAUUUUUAUCAAUUACACAUACAUGUAAUGGAUCCUCCCUGAAUAUUAUUAAUACAGAGGUUCUUUUCAAUGGUUCUAAUUUACUCCUGCAUACUAGACAUUACAGUAAAAAGGAAAACAUUGAGAUAUGAUAAAAAGGCCCAUACUUUCAUCUAUUAAAUACGAAUCAAUUAUAUACUAUCUUUGAGAAUGGUAAGGUAUAAAAUAUCUUACAUAAUCAAAAAUUAGAAUGAUGCUCCCAUAAAUAAAUGCUUAGAUAAAUCCAUAAGGAAAG